AUGAGAAAUGUCUGUCACGCUGACCGCACAUUGUCUGGAUGGGCUGCUGCUGCACUACAACAGCUCACACUGGGAGAAUUUAAAAGGGACCAGAGCAAGGUGAUGAGGCAGAUGCAGCAAGCGAAAGAAGAGAAACGGACUAGCAUUUCUUUGCCUGUUCAGAUUGGACUCAUUGCAAGCAAUAGCAAUGAGAUCCUGUUCAGAACUCUUGCAGCUCUUGGGCAAACACAGGGCUCUUCACUGUUACCCCAGUAUGUUCUGCAGCAGCAGCAGCCGGAGGUACUGCUCACCCCGCAGGUGCUGAAUUUAAACCCUCAAAUGGCUGGUCCCUUUGGUCCCCAGGGCCCACAGCUGUUGCUCCCCAACCAGGGCAACCAGCUGACACCUGUAAUUCUCCCAAAUGGUCAACAAGAGCAGCUUGGACCCGCACAGGAUCCAAACAAUCCAAAUGUCCCUCAACAGGCCCAAAAUCCCAUGCAGAUGUAUCCGCAGUUUCAGUAUCCAUCUUUUGGAUUCCCUCAGCUUCACAGGCAGCAGGGCUACCCUUACUUUGUGCCAUCUUACGGCUAUCCCCAGCAGAGGAAUACCGGAGUGCUGCAGCCCAGCAAUGGACAGCAGAGCCUGGACAGGACUACGCAGAGACCACAGCUCCCACUGCAGGGUUCCAAGACAAAGAUGCAGACAGAAAAGAUGUGGCCAGCAGGGGCCCAGAGAGAGUCCACUACAAUUCCUCCAGAUCCUCGUGGUGAUACAACUGGCCCUGGGAAUGAUGAGACUGAAAGCCUGCUGUUUAAACCAGAUGACUUCCUUGCUCUGAGUUUAAAUGUGUUAGAAUCCAAACGAGUGGACCGUUCACGUCCUGGCUCCCUGUUCCAACAGAUCCUUUUCUGUGCUGCAAAUGUGAACGCUUCUAUCUGGCUUCGUGGCAGGGCCAUCGUCAAUCGGGCCGUCCCCAUGGCCCUCCCGGUCUGA